CCCUUCAAGAAAGCAAGAUUUGUUUGCUCAAAGUUGCAUUUGUUUGAAAUUAAGAGUUGAAAUUGUGCUUUUAAAUUGAUAUUACAAAAUAUUUAUUUUUCUUUAAUCUUUUGAGGAAGUCUGGAUUCUUUUCUCUUUUGGCAUUUUUGAACAUUUUGCGUACUUUCCAUUACACUUUUGGAUGAUUUGUUGCUCAGGAAACAAGCAGUUUUACAAAGCAAGAACAAUUUAACUGAAUUAAAUUGUCUUUCUGAGGAGAAGCAAGAAUAUAGACAAUGGCUCAUCAUCAGAUACAUCACCAUAGUCAACACCAUCAUCCUCAUCAUCAGCAUUUCCACUCGUCUCAUCAUCACCAUCGUGGUGGACACCUGCCAGAGGAACAUGAGGAUAAGAGUGCUUCAGAUGCCAGCAUUGGUUUUCAUCACAUUCAUGAGCAUUAUAACCAUCAUCACCCCCAAACUGAUAGCCAUCAUCAUCAUUAUCCACAACAUCAGGAUAAACAUCACACACCGAAAAAGAAAACUCACUCUAAAGCUUCAGUCACUUCCUCAAACUCUUCUGGGUCUUCCCCUAGUUCUUUGUCAAAGUCUUCAUCAAGCUCAUCCAGUUCUGAUUCCUCUUCUUCUGAUUCCUCUUCCUCCUCCAAUUCCUCUUCAUCUUCUUCCUCCAAAUCAUAUUUCUCCAAUUCUAGCUUUUCUUCUUCCUCUUCUUCUGGUUCAUGUUCUUCGUGGUCAUCCGAAACCAGUCUGGAAAAUGCCUCUUUGCCCACUGAGUCCAAGCGAGCUAUUCAACAUCCAAAGCACUCACAAUCAUGUAUGGAUAUCAGCAGAGGACGGAGAGCCUUUGAGGAUGAUGAGGAUGAUGUAGAUACAAUGCCUUUAUUGGAUGCUGAUGGCCAACUGAAGAAGUCCACAAGCAUGGAAAAGAAUCUGACUGUCAAAGAAACAAGUGGAGGGACUGCCAAGAAGACUGCAACAAAUACUCAACAAAAGAAUGAAAAGGAAAUUAAGGGGCAACAACAUAAUCAUGCCAAAGGGGCUGCAAACAUAAGAAAGACCAAGUCUAUGGAGGUUUUGUCAAGGCAAACAGAUCAUGCUGGUGUUGAAGACUUAGAUGAGAAAGGGCUGGAGAAAAGGAAACAAGAGGCUCAUAAGAACUUUUUGAAGGAGAAGAUGAAGUUUUCUGCCUUUCUGAAUGAAAUCACAAGGCAGGUACUUAGCCCAUCAAGACUUACAUCACUUGGGGUAACAGAUGUUCACAGGCCUUUGAGCCCUGGUCAAACUUCAAUGCCUCCAAAGGCAUUGUCUCCAAAGCCUAAACAUAAAAGUGAAAAGAAGUCAAAAAUUACCAGAAGCCGGCCUGGAAGUAGUGCUAGCUCCAUAACAUCAACUACUCACUCCCAUGUCAGCAAAUAUUCACACUCUAGUAAGCAUUCUCACUCAAGUAAGCACUCUCACUCAAGUAAGCGCUCCCAUUCCAAUCGGCACUCACAUUCAAGCAAGACCUCCCGCUCGAACAAACAUUCUUAUCCUGAAAGGGACCUCAUCUAUCAACAACAGCACCAGGCUGUUCCCAGGCAUCGACAUGACAGUGCAAAAAGUGAUAUAAGCUAUACUAGUUCUUCUUCAAAAGGUCUUUCAUCUGGGACUGAACGUAACCACAAAAGUCAGAAAAAGCACCAAACUGCCUCCAAAGAACAUUUCAAUUUACCGAAUCAUCGAACUUCACACCACAAAUUGUCCUCAUCACACCACCAUUACAACAAAGAUAAUCAUAGCUUGCCUUUAUGUCCUUGUUCUCCAGAAACAGAAAACCAACAUCAUCAUGCCCAUACAGAAUCUCAUCACCAUCAUACCCAUACAGAAUCACAUCACCUUCAUGCCCAUCGAGAUUCGCAACACCACCAUGCCCAUCCAGAAUCUCAUCACCAACAUGCCCGUCCAGAAUUACAUCACCAUCAUACCCAUCAGGAGUCGCAUCACCAUCACACCCAUCAGGGAUCUCAUCACCAUCACGCCCAUCCAAAAUCUCAUCACCAUCAUUCCCAUUCAGAAUCUCAUCACCAUCAUACCCUUCAAGAAUCUCAUCACCAUCAUUCCCAUCCAGAAUCUCAUCACCAUCAUGCCCAUCCAGAAUCUCAUCACCAUCAUGCCCAACCAGAAUCCCUUCACCAUCAUGUACAUUCAGAAUCCCAUCACCAUCAUGCCCAUCCAGAAUCUCAACACCAUCAUUCUCAAUCAGAAUCACAACACCAUCAUGUCCAUUCAGAAUCCCAUCACCAUCAUACCCAUCCAGAAUCUCAACACCAUCAUUCUCAAUCAGAAUCACAACACCAUCAUGCCCAACUAGAAUCUCAACACCAUCAUGUCCAUGCAGAAUCUAAUCACCAUCAUUCACAAUCACAUCACCACCAUGAAACUCAUUUUAGCCCAUCACCACACAAUAACUCUCUUCAUUCAGAUUCCCACAAUUGUUCCCCUUCUCCAUCACAUUACCAUCAUGAAUCUUACAACAGUCCAACACAUUCUUCUAAAUCAGAAACUCACCAUCAUCCAGAAGCUCACCACUAUCCUUCUCAUGCAGAAUCUCACCAGCAUCAUCAUUCACCUUCGCCACCACAUCACCACCAUGGAAGUCACCACACUUCAUCUUCACAUCAUCAUUCCACCCAUUCAGAAAGUUCCCACCACCAUACCCAUUCAAAAUCUCAUCACUAUUCUCCUCCUUCUCCUCUCCACCACCAUGGAGAACACCACAGUAGUAUAUCUCAUCUUUCUACUGACUCUGUAACACACCAUCAGUUUUGUGUGAAAUCUCAACACCAUCAUUCUGACUAUGAAUCCUCUCAUCCCAAGUCUCACCAGCAUCAUCACCAUCAUUCCCAUCCUAAUCACUCAUCAAACCCUGAUUAUCACCAUCAAACUUCAGUUUCAGAACCAGAUCACCAUAAUUUCAAUGAUGAUUCACACUCUGAGACUCACCCAUACUCUCAUUCACAUGAUGCAUCCUUUACACCUGAACAUUCAUAUCAUUCUUCUCACACUGACACUCACCCUAAUCCUCAUCAACAUCACUUGUCUGACAGUCAUCCAAAAAGUCCUGUACACUCUAAUUCACCUCAUAAUAAUGAAAAUAAUCCCAACUCAUAUUCACAGUCCCAAAAGCACAGCACAUCACAUUCUAAAGGACACCUUUCCAAUUUGGAAUUCCACCACCAAAGUGAUCACAAUUCUCCAGAACCUCCUCCUAACCAUUUUCAAUCAGGAAAUCAUGAUAACCCCCCUGUUGAAUCAGAUCAUUACCGUCACCAUAAAUCUCAAGAAUCCCACAAUUACUCCCAUUCAAAUGCCCAUUACCAUUCCAAUCCAGAGACUAAUCAUCCUCAACAUCAUGAACAUUCAGAAUUUCAUCAUCAUUCCCAACCAGAAUCCCACCAUCAUCAUUCCCAAGAUCACUAUCAUCAUCAUGACCAUCCAGAAUCGCAGAAUCAACAUUCUGAUAUGGGACAUCAUCACUUUCAUUCUGAAUCAAACCAUUAUCAUUCACACUUCAAAGAGGAUGAUCACCCAAGCCAUCUUCGCCACUCUCCAAUUGGCCAACGGUCUACUUCUCCACAUUCUAACAAGUCAGAUUCAUCUGCUAGUUCCACUAUCCAGGACGAUCAAUCCACAGUGAGCUAUCAAGAUUCAUCCUCAUUCCCAAAGGAAAAGGAUUCAGAAUUGGAGAGGUUAAUGAUGUUACAGGAGCAGAAUGAGGCUCUCCACCACAGUUUGCUGCAGACCACUAUGCGAAUAGAAUGUAUGGGAGCUGAGUUCAAAACUGGACACCAGCUCCUUGAAUCUGAGCUACAAAGAACUCGCAUAGAGCUUAGCAGCUUAAUGGAGCGGUUCACAAGACUUCAGGACAACUACUCCUGCACAAAACAAACCAAUCACCUUCUGGAGAAGAAACUGCAUUGUGUGGCUCAAAGUAUGGAUGGAGAGCGAGAGCGACUGAACGAGCGGAUCUCAGAGCUCACAGAACAACUGUCUGCAGCAAAGACAACCAUCCAAAGUCUAGAGACCAUUAAUGUGACAUCAAUGCUACAGGAUGCCCUAGUGAAACAUUUGAAGUCUGAUGAUCCCAUCACUCCACUUCCAGUCGCACCGCCUCCAGCUCAGUUCAUGGACAGUAAUCAUUAUGACAAAGUCUCCAUGCAUGCCGAUGACCAAUCAUUGGGAACUCUACCAGAGGAGGAGGAAUCUGAUUGGUCAGAAAUGGGAGAGGAGGCACAAAACUGCAUCCCGAGAGGUUCACAGGGAAGUCAUGAAAAUGCGUCAUAUUUCCAAUGGCAACAGAGCCAAGGUGGUUGGGAGGGGGUGAACCAGUAUUCAAAGGGAAUCAUAGAUACAGAGAGUGAAUCUGGGGGUGAGGAAAACCGAUGUCAUCAACCUCAUCAUGGCCUACAGAUACCACAUCUCAAAUUCACCGUUCACCCUGAAACCCUUCCAAUUCCUAUCGAGGAUGUCAGCCUGGCUCGCUUCAAGCAGAGUCCUGAUGGUCCAGUAUGCGAUGCCUACCAGAUCACAGAGGUACGUAACCUGGGCUCUCCCAUUCGCGUGCUCUCUGCUAGCCUGGAAGAGAUCCAUUCCAUUGGUCUUCAGAAGCAGCAAGAGCAGCAGCAGGAUCAUCAUGGCCAUCUGAGGAGCAAUAAAUCCAUGAUGGACCUCUACCAGUCACAAGCCAGCACCAGACAAGUAUCGUAUGCAGAUGAGAUGGUAUGUAAUUGGAGAGAAGUGAACAGCCAUGGUGCUGGAGAAGAUAGAAAUGGGAUGGUUGGUCUGGAGUCUGCUCAAAAAAUGCUCAACCACUUUAUUCAUGAUGGAGAGAGUACACACUUGUGAUUAAAGGGACAUUUUAGAAUGAGGAAUGUUUACUAUAUAUUGCUUAUUAUAGUAAUUAUGUAGAAAAUAUUUGUGGUGAAGUACAGGUUAGCCACUUCGGCAACUUGCAUUUUAUCACUGGUGUGAAAAAAUUUGAAGAAAAUAGGAAAAAUCAUAAUAAUAAUAAUUUUUAAUUAAAUGGCAAAAAGUGGGAUUUUAAGUUGAGAUUUUGUGAAGGUGUAAAUUUCCACUU